CUUGCUAUUAACAUUGAUAUAUGAUUUAAUAAACAUAAAUAAAGUUUUUGUAGUUAAAUAAACAUUGAAAAUUAAUAUUUAAAACGAUAUAAUUAAUUGAUGUCUCUCUACUAUAGAGAGAUGUGUAACAAAAUUAUAUUAUCUUUGAUUAUAAUUUAUGGAAAUGGUAUUUUUGCUCAAUCGGAUUCGGAUACUGUAGAACAUUUAAAGGGAUUGAUUUAUAAUAGAAUUGCAAAUAUUCCAAAUUAUGAAUCUCCAACUGACGCCAAAAUGUUUGAAGCGCCAGAAGUACCUAUAACAGAAUAUGGUACUUACGACUUCAUUAUCAUUGGAGCUGGAGUUACAGGGUCUGCGAUAGCAAAUCGUUUGUCAGAAAUACGACAAUGGAGGAUUCUAUUAAUAGAAGCUGGUAUUUUUACUGAUGGUGAUUUAAUGAGCAUACCCAGUAUGUUUAUGCUCACAGUUUUCUCCGAUUACAAUUGGGGUUUUAGAACCGUCCCACAGAAAAAUGCAUGUUUGAGUACAAAAAACCACACAUGUUUAGUUCCACGUGGCAAAGGUGUUGGAGGAUCCUCUUUGUUGAAUGCCUUACAAUACUCCAGAGCCAACCCAAAAAAUUACAACCAAUGGGCAAAAGCACUUCAUGACUCCAGUUGGUCAUACAAAAAUAUACUUAAAUAUUUUAAAAAAUCCGAGAAUUUUCAUUGGACCAACCCAAAAGCACCUGUAGAUUUAAAGAGCCACGGAAGAGAAGGUUUACUACAUGUUCAACAUGUUCAACCUGAACAUCCAUUGAAUGACAUUUUUAUAGAAGCAAAUAAACAACUCGGAUACGAUAUAAUAGAUUUUAAUAGUGAAAGACAAAUAGGCGGUUCCAUAAUGCAACUUUAUACUAAUAAUGGCACUAGAGAAGAUAUGGGUACUGUUUUUAUAACCCCAUUUUUAGAUAGACCUAACUUAACAGUACUAACGCAAAGUUAUGUUACAAAAAUUGAAAUUGAUAAGAUAACUAAAGUAGCAAAGAGCGUACUAUUCACAAAUAACGGUAUUACUUAUAGAGCACGAGCAGACGUUGAGGUUAUAUUAUCUGCCGGAGCUAUUGCCAGUCCCCAAAUUUUGAUGCUGUCUGGUAUAGGACCAAAACAGCAUCUGCAAGACGUAGGUAUAGAACUAAUAGAAAAUCUAGAAGUUGGUAGUUGUUUAAAAGAACACGCUUUAUUAUCCCAUUUAUUUUUUACGUCAAACUUCGAGAGACCUGUAGAAACGAUUGAACAACAACUUUCAGAUUUCUUAAAGGGCUACGGAUCACUUACUACGACUAGUACCCAGGCUCAGGGUAUAGCGUUUUAUAACGUAAAUCAUAAAACUAGUACUGUUCCCGAUUUAGUAAUUUAUGUUGAUGAUACAAAAUAUUCAGAAAUGGAAAAAUCAGUUUUUGAUUUUAACGAAGAAACUAUUCAAUCACUUACAAAGAUUGGCUCUAAAUUAAAAACAAUUAGAUUCUUAUUAAUGAAUUUCAAUAUAAAAUCUAAGGGUACUAUUAGGUUAAAGAAUAAAAAUCCAUUUGAGUAUCCUUUAAUAGAUCCUAUGUUGUUAUCAGACCAUUCUGGAAAAGAUAUAAAAACCAUGUAUAGAGGAAUUCAACAAAUACUUAGACUAAGUGAGACUCCAGCAUUUAAAAAAAUUAAUCUAGAGUUAGUUAAUGAACCACUGCCUGCUUGUAAACACAUUCAAUUCAAGUCUCAAAAAUAUUGGUAUUGUUUUUUGAAACAGCUGACAAUGACUGGAGUUCAUCCGAUGGCUACUUGUCCCAUGGGUGUUAAUAAAUGUAAAGGAGCCGUAGUAGAUUCCAAUCUUAAAGUUUUUGGAAUUAAAAAAUUAAGGGUAGCAGAUGCAAGCAUCUUUCCUGCCUCUAUUGCAGGACAUCCAUCAAUGACUUGUCUGAUGAUUGGAGAGAAAAUUAGUGAUGUAAUCAAACAAGAAUAUUUGUAAAAAUGUAG